UUCCCGCGAAAAUAAAAAAAAGAGUAAGAAACCGUCAGAUAAUAUAUAUCCAAAAAUGUUUUAAGAAUAUACUAUUUAAAGGUUCAUAAUGGUUAUGCAUGUAGAAUUACAGGCUACAUGUAGCUCUCUGGGAUAUAUUGAAGGGAACAAGUAUGUCAAGGAACCAGACUGCCUAGAGGCUAUCAAGGAUCUUAUCAGAUUUCUGAAACGUGAAGAUGAUUCAUUUGAGAUUCGUAGAGAGUUAGGGAAUGCUCAGAUUGUACAGAAUGAUUUACUUCAUAUCAUUAAAUGGUAUUCACAUGACGAAAAACUGUUUGAUGCUGUUAUAAGACUUCUUGUUAACUUAACACAACCAGCUAUUUUGUGUUUUAACAAUACAGUUCCUACUGAGAAAACCAUUAGAAAUAUUUACAUAGAAAUUGAAUCCAUUUUACAGAGUUACAAAGAGGCCUUUGUUGAUGAAGAAUUGUUUAAUGCUUUAACUCAGAAACUUGGAGAUUUACUUAAACUGGAUUGGGAACACAGACAGGAAGAGGAUCGACUUCUUAUUGAAAGAAUUUUGAUAUUGAUUAGAAAUGUACUUCAUGUUCCUCCUAAUGAAGAUCGAGAGCAGAGAACAGAUGAUGAUGCUACUGUUCACGACCAGGUUAUAUGGGCAAUACAUUGUACAGGACUGGAAGAUCUCUUGUUGUAUAUAGCCAGUUCUGAAGAUGAAAGGAAUUUCUCCAUGCAUAUUUUAGAAAUUGUCUCAUUAAUGUUCAGGGAACAGAACCCAGAAAUCUUAGCCAGCGCUGGUGUACAGAGGUCAAUGACAGAGAAAGAGAAAGAUGAAAGAGAGUUAGAGAUGGUUAGAGAGCAGGAAAAACUGCAAAAACUAGCAAAUGUGAAGAGAUUUAGUACAAGACAUUCUCGAUUUGGUGGAACCUUUGUUGUACACAACAUGAAGUCUAUCAGUGACAGGGAAGUUAUUUAUCACAAACCACUGAAAGAUGUAAAUGAAAUGACAUUUGACAGCACUAAAAAACCAAAGAAGAAACCUAAAAAUAGACAACCAAUCAAAGGACAGGAGGUUAGCAGGAGAUCAACAUUGAGUAUACGUCUUGGAUUGAAGGAGUUUUGUGCACAGUUUCUAGACAAUUGCUACAACCCUUUGAUGUAUGCAGUUAAGGACAUAUUAGCAAGAGAGAAAACCCAGGACCAUGAUGAAACUUAUUACCUCUGGGCCAUGAGAUUCUUUAUGGAGUUUUGUCGCCAUCAUAGUAAACAAGUAGAUUUAGUGAGUGAGACAAUGUCAGUACAGACUUUCCACUACAUUCAAGUCCAGUUGUUCCAGUAUUAUGAGAUGAUUAUGAUGGAGAAGAAAGAGGCAGUUAUUUGGGCCAAGAGGGUACAUUUGGCACUAAAAGCAUACCAAGAACUGCUGCAUUAUUUGGAUAUGAUGGACAGAUCUAAAAAUACACAAUUAAUGGAGAGCUCAAAGGUCAUUAAAGGCAAUAUAUUUUACAUGAUGGAGUUCCGAGAUAUAUUUCUGACUUUAUUGAAGAAAUUUGAUCAGAGUAAACAGUCCAGGGCAUUUUUGAAAGACUUGAUUGAAACAACACACUUAUUUUUGAAAAUGUUAGAAAAUGCCACAAAGACAAAUUCCCAUCUUGUUGUACAGAAGAAAAAGACAAAGAAAGGAAAGAAAAAGAAGAAACCAACAGCACAAGCAUCAGAACCUGUUUCUGACCUUACUCAGACAGAACUUGAUGACAAAUGGGAUGAAGUAUCAGAAGAGUUGUCUGCCUUGUUCCAAGGGAGAGGAGAAAUUCCUACUGAUAUAUCACCAUUUGAUGCUGCUUCUGAAGUUCAGGAAGAUCAACAAAGAAUUGAUGCAAUGAUUAAGAUUCAGGAUGCAUUAAGAGAGAACAAACCAGGGGAAGCUAUUGCUCUUAUUAGAUCUGCCAGGGAGAUUUGGCCUGAACGUGAUGAUUUUGGAUCAGAAGAUAUAUCACCAGAAGAAGAGUUCAUGGCACUGAGGGAAAUAUUCAUGGCAAAUCUACCAAGACCAGCAAGAGAAGAUAAUAUUCCAGAGAAUGUUGUUGAAGAGUAUGAAGAAGGAGGUGCUGAAGCUGAAGAGGAAGAGAUGGAAUCAGUUGCUACAGCUGAGCAAGAAUUUGAUUUUAAAGUUUUCGUCAACAAAUUUUGUAAAGGUGAUGUUCUAAAAGCUUAUGUACUGUUGUUAGCUGACUUCCAGAAGAACUCUACACAUACCAAUCAUUGUAUUAUCAAAAUGUUACAUAGAAUCUCUAUAGACUUAGGAUAUAUGGGAAUGGUUUUCCAGGCUUCACUCUUCAGAGUGUUUCAGAAAAUACUGUUAUCACCUCUGGCUAAGGCAGCACGCUAUAAGGAAAUAGUGAAGUUUGGCCACUUUGUAAUUGGGAAAUUUGUACAAUGUGCUGAGAACAAUAAGAAGAUUUUUAUGGAGAUGCUGUUCUGGAAGGGAGGAAAAGAAUCUGUUGAAUGUAUAGAUGGCUAUGGAUCUUAUGACAGCAAGGGUCCAUCAUCAUGGACAGAAGAUCAAGAGACAGAAGUCAGAAGUCUGUAUGAGGAAUAUAGUCAGUUAGAAGAUAAUGAAAAAGACAUAGCUGAAUGUAUCAUGGAACGUCUAUCCGACGGCAGUAAAACCAGAGGACAGAUUAUUCGAGAGUUAAAGAAACAAAAUUUGAUUAGUAGUGCUAAAGAACUGAAGAGGAAACAACCAGGGAGAAAACAUGCAGGACCAUGGACAGAAGAAGAUGAGGAAGAACUUACAAAUAUGUUUCAGGAGUUUAAAUCAUCAGCAGAUCCAUUAGGAAAUAUUAUGUCAGCCAUGACAGUUCAUCGUUCUAAACAGCGUGUUAUUGAGAAACUGUUAGGUUUAGGACUUGUGAAUGACCGUAGUGAGUUAUAUAAGAAACGUGGGAAGAAAUCUAAGAAGGACGACUAUGACAGUGAUUCUGGAGAUGGUUACGAGGAAGAUGGAGGUUUUGUUGUCAGUCAGAGAAAUGUUGAUACCAGUGAUUCUAGUUCAGAUGAGGGAGAAGAUUCAGAUUCAAAUGUGAGUGACAAAGAAAUGGACAGUGAUAAAGAAAAUGACAGUGCUCCUCUAGAUUCUCCAGACAUGACUGCUGUUAUGCAAAAUCUUAUUCAAAAAGGCUAUAGCUCCCAAAUACAGUGGAUACAGAGAGCCAUGAAACGAGUAUUAGAAAGUAGAACAUCAGAAGUGUCUGUACCAAUUGUACCAUUAUCAGAAGAGAAUGAAACAGCUAUGGAAGAUCAAAUGUUUUUGUCAUUUCUACAACAAAUUGGUAUUUCACCUCCUUCAAAUGCACAGGAAGCAUUUUGGAGAAUACCUGCAGAAUUAAAUGGUCAGGAGUUACAAGAAGUUAUUGAUGGCAUAACUAUUAAUGAUAAUGGUGAGGCAAUCAAUGCUCACAUGAUUAAAGCUAAAAAGCAACAAAAGAAGGAAAAGAAAAAGACUAAAAAGAAAGAUAAGAAAAAGAAGAAACAUGAUAAGGUUCAGAAAAAUGAAAGUCGAAAAGAAGAGAAACAGAAAAAGUCAAAGAAAAAGAAUGAUAUGCUUAAGGCUUUGGCAGAGAAAAGAAAGACCAAACGUGGUGGAGAAAGAAGGAAAGUUAAGAUGCAGUCAGAACAAUCUGAUGAUGAAAAUGAAGAAAUUGUUCCUCUAGAAAAUGAUGAAAAUGUUCCAGUAGAUAAUGAAGCAAAUGUAACAAUGGAAAUAGAGGUCCCUCAGUCACCUGUUGCAACCACACCAAAUACAGAAAUGGCCAAAAAGUCUAGUAAUUCUUCGUCAAAAAAGAAAAGGAGGAUCAAACGUUUAAUUGACUCAGAUAGUGACGACAGUGAUAAUGAUAAACAUCUACCAGUGAUAUCACUGGACAAUACAGAGAAUAAAGAUUCUGAUGUUGAGGAAGAAUCACAAUCACAGAAACGCCCCCUGGUGUUUGGAGAUAGUAGUGACGAAGAAGUACAACCAACCAAACGUCAGAAGAUAUCAGAUGGGGAGGAAAGUGAUGAUGAUGAUACACCUCUGGCUACAAUCAAACAAUCAGAGUCCUUCCCAGCUACACUAUACAGUCAAGGUCCAUUAGACUCAGAUGAUUCUGAAGAAGAUGAUCAUGUUCCAUUACGUAGAGUUCUUCAGAAGAAAAACAUUAUUGAAAGUGAUGAGGAAGACUGAUAAGAUGAAGAAAGCCAUAGCCAAAACUUAUGGUAGAAAAAAAUUGUGUGCAAUUUCUUGUUAAAUAGAAAAAAAACAAAUGACUUAAUGAAUCUAAGAUGAUGAGGAAUAAAUCAUGUAUUCAUAUGAAAUAACAAGGAUGAUAUAGGAAUUAUUAAUUUCUGAAUAUAUAACUAUUUGUAUAAUCAUUAUAAAUGAUUCUUUUUGAAAUUGCUGAACAGAGUGCUAUUGUUGCAUUGAUUCUAAUGUGUGUGUCAGCAAUGUUUACUUGAAAGUAUGAGAGAUUUACUAGCUAGAAACUGCAUGAGUCUGAUGAGUUUGAUUUCUUAAAAAUCUAGUUUAUGUCUGCAUGUAUUGUAAUCCUAUUUGCUUACUCCCAAUGGCAGAAGGUAAUGAAAACAAAACCAAAAACAGAUUUUUCCAGGAUUGUUUGCUAUCCUAUGUAAUUCCAUGUAGAACGAAAUGAUUCUGUAUAAAAUGUUACAAAAGAUAAUAGAUGGAAUAUUUUUGGAAUGAAUAAAGUUAUUCUCCUUUUAAGAAAUAGUAAUCCAUAUAUAAUUCAUUUCAAAUAACAAUUAAGAGUGGUUGUGUUAUAGCCUUAAUCUUUUUAUGCAUUACUUUUAAAUGUAUAUCAAAAUUACCUUAAAACACUGUUAUAUUCAUAAUAUUGAUUUUCAAUUGAGUGAAAGUGCAUUUUAAGUCAAUUAAAAAGUGCUUUGUAAACAUUGAAAAUGCACUUAUUUAUUUGAAAAUGCUAUCAUUUAUCAUAUUUAAAGUAAAUAUACCUGCAUAUUGUUACUAUGUAUA